AUGGGGCAAAAAAAUAAGCACUCAUUUCUUUCGGAUAUUCUCAAUCGUCUUUCAAAUACUCCAAUUUGUUUACGAGGAUGUCUCACAGUAUCGCACCAGAGUAAAAGUGCCCAACGUUACUUACGCAGCCACGCAUCGAUAGAUUAUGAAAAGCGAUAUCACCAACGGCAUCACGUUUACAUUAUUCAUCCAUUCAGUUUAUUUAGGCAAUGGUGGAAUAUUUUCAUUAUUGUAUUAAUUCUGUACAAUAUGAUCAAUUUUCCGUACCAAGCAGGGUUUAACAUGAACAGGGAUAAUUUUUCAUGGACCAUUCAAAAAAACUUUCUGCUUUUCAUAUGUUGCUGCGAUAUAUUGGUCAAUUUUUUCACUGGAUAUUUUGAUAAAGCUCAAAACGUGGUUGAAUUGGAAUGGAAAAAGAUAGCGAUGCACUACGUUAAAACAAGAUUCGUAUUGGAUUUUAUUGGAUCUUUUCCUACUGAUUUGAUGUUCAUUCAUUGCUGGGAGGAAUGCAUCGUUAUCAGAGAGAUUUUUUCGUUGCUAUUUGUCUUUCGCGUUUGUUCUUGUUCAAAUUACUUCGGCGGCUUAAUAAGGGACUGUGAAUCACGACACGCGUUGUACGAUUUCAUGAGUUCGCUCUUUUGGUUAUUGAUAAUAUUGCACUGGCAAGCCUGUCUCUAUUGGAUUAUUCCGGUAUUGGUCAAGUCGCGUACUAUACCGCAGCGUCCCAAUAACGAUUCGUGGAUCAAUUCAAUCAAUCUUUGGGAAAAUGACAACAACGCCAAUAAAUACGGUCACUGUUUUCUGAGAGCUGUCGUGACUUUCAUGCAUUCGGGUUUUUUGGCCCAAACCGAACCAAAGAACGAAGAGGAUCAGUACUUGGUUAUUGCGUUCUAUUACAUAGGAGUUCUCAUAUUUUGUUUGCUCGUUGCCCGAGUAAUGCAAUUUUUCAAAGGAGCUAACUCCUCGAAACUGAAGUAUCAAGCGGCCAUAGCUCACUUAUCGCAGUAUAUGAAUCACAAGCAAUUGCCACGCAGAAUGCGAAAGAGAUUAGUCGACUAUUACGAGUUCAGAUUUCAGAGGAGGUUUUUCCGAGAGCCUGAAAUAUUGAGUGUUUUAUCCGCUCAUAUGCGGCAAGAAAUAAGGAUGCACUCCUGCCGCAAAUUGGUGGAGAAUGUUACAUUUUUCAAUAAUUUACCCAUCUCUUUGUUAUCGAAAAUUGUGGCUCUACUGAAGUCGGAAAUUUUUCUCGUCAAUGAUGUUAUUGUGAAGGCAAAUCAAACCGGUAAUUGUAUGUACUUUAUAGCCACCGGAACAGUGGCAAUAUACACGUCCUCGGGAAAAGAAGUCUGUCAUUUAACCGAUGGAUCGCAUUUUGGAGAAAUAGCUCUAAUCAUGCCGGAUUCUAAACGAGUCGCCAGUGUCGUUGCGAUUGAAAUUUGCAAACUUUAUAAACUGGAGAGGGCCGAUUUUUCGAGGACUAUUCAUCCAUAUCCAAUGCUGUGGAAUCGAAUAAAGAAAAUAGCGAUUGAAAGGCACGAAAAAACAACGAUAUUAAAUAAGCAAUGA